AUGGCGGAGAACCACUGCGAGUUGCUGCAGCCGGCCCCGAGUGGUCUCGGGGCGGGGCUGGGGGGCGGCCUAUGCCGCCGCUGCAGCGCGGGGCUCGGCGUCCCAGCCCAGCGCCCUGGCAACGUGUCCAAGUGGGUCCGACUGAACGUCGGCGGCACCUACUUCCUCACUACCCGGCAGACGUUGUGCCGGGACCCCAAAUCCUUCCUGUACCGUUUGUGUCAGGCGGACCCCGACCUGGACUCGGACAAGGAUGAAACCGGCGCCUACUUGAUAGACCGGGACCCCACCUAUUUCGGGCCUGUGCUCAACUAUCUGCGACACGGAAAGCUGGUGACCAACAGGGACCUCGCCGAGGAAGGAGUGUUGGAGGAAGCGGAAUUUUACAACAUCACCUCACUAAUAAAACUUGUAAAGGACAAGAUUAGAGAAAGAGACAGCAAAACCUCGCAGGUGCCGGUGAAGCAUGUGUACCGCGUGCUGCAGUGCCAAGAGGAGGAGCUCACGCAGAUGGUGUCCACCAUGUCUGACGGCUGGAAGUUCGAGCAGCUGGUCAGCAUUGGCUCCUCUUACAAUUAUGGGAACGAAGAUCAGGCGGAGUUUCUCUGCGUUGUCUCCAAGGAGCUGCACAACACACCCUCGGGCAUGGCCAGCGAGCCCAGCGAGAAGGCCAAGAUUUUGCAGGAACGGGGUUCGAGGAUGUGA